CUUCUCCGUCCCCCAAACAACUGGACUUUGCCUGUGUGUGGAGAGGCUCGGUCGAUAUCUCAGGCCACCUCGUUUCCUUGUCCGUCUCCUUUGUCCUCCUUCACGUACAACAUCGGAGCCGGCCUCCUCCCUGUCUCCUCGCGGAGCAAUCUUUCUUCUCGCAAACAUCCCUAAUCUGUAAUCCGCUGUACUGUGUCUUGCCGACACACGCGCUUGGCCAGUCGCCACCAUGUCCUCGUAAGUCGCGCCCCUGGACAAGAUGGCCUGAUAUGGGCUGACGGCCCCCUCCAGUCUGGCAGCGGAUGUCACCUUUGACUUCAACUUCCCUCCAUGCGGCCCCACUACCCCUCCAAGCUACACCUUUGAUCCGUCGCUCCUCGAGAUCCCGUACAACCCUGGUCACGCUCGCUCCAGCUCGCAUGGAUCCGUCUACUCCUUGGAGUCGUCGCCCUCCGACUCGGUCACCGCCCCGAGCACCCGCCGCACGACGCCGGCGCGGUCUCCCAUCCGGACUCACGGGCCUCUCCUCCUGCCCAAGAUCCGCAGCCAAGACCAGGCCAUCAUGCCUUCGAAUGCUGUUCCCCACGCAUCCAAGCGGGCCAGGACCUCUCCGGGGCCCGUCGGGCCGAACAAGAGCGCCUUCAGGCCCUCGCACACCCGCAGCCACACCAGCCCGGAGACCAUCUCCUUCUCGUCGGGCCUCUCCUGCACCGAGGACAGCAACCCGGCUCCUCUGCUCUGCUCCCCCGUCAGCUUCACUCGCGAGCCGUCCGUGAUGCACUCCAGACGCGCGUCGUCCUGCAGCGUCGACAACGUGGCCACCGCUGACAACUACUUCCCCGCCUACCAAGUGCCCGCAUACGUUCCGGCUCGGGCGAGCAGCAGCCCCACCCCACCGCCGCAGGUCCAGGCGGUUCCCCAGCCGGAGCCGUUCCUGUACCAGCAGUUUGUGCCGCGCGCUCCCUCGCCGCUGGCCGCCGCCGCCCCCAUCACUCCGGACGUGGUUCCGGCCACCACCCUCUACGCCUACCUCACCUCGCCCAACCCGACACCAUCGCUGGUGCGCACGCUCUCCUUCCCGCUCCGGGACCCCAACACCAGGCAUUUCUGGUGGGACGUCCGGCAGAUCCGGCCCUGGACGGGCUUCACCGCGGCCUCCAUCCUCUCCCUGCCGGGCGCGUCGGCCUGCCUGUCGAUGCCCGUGUCGUCGGCGUUGCUCCCCAACCCGGCGGCAACCCAGCGCCACCCGGAGACCGAGGCGGCGCUGCACGCCAUCUACGCGGCGCACUACCUGCCCAAACUCAACAACGCGCUGGCGCUCUGCUCGCAGCGGCCGCUCAAGCUCUCGGUGCCGCCCAAGACGGGCGGCGGCGCGCACAGCCUGGGCAUGGCGACGGACUGCAUGUUUGUGGCCAACGCGGCGGGCGAGUCCGGGUCGGCGGCGGCGCUGUUCGGGGGCAAGCCGACGGCGCGGGUGGUCGGGCUGGUCAAGAGCUUCGACCGCUUCAACACGGGCAUGCGGGCCGAGGGCAACGUCAAGCGGGUCGAGUACCUGCGCGGGCUGGCGCACCUGCACCACGCCAUGCGCGAGCACGGGUGCCGGUACGGCUUCAUCCUGACCGAGAUCGAGCUGGUGGUGGUGCGCAACGGCGUCGACGCCACGCCGUACUUCGGCUUCCUCGAGGUGGCCAGCGUGCAGCUCGCCGCGGCCGACGACGUGGCCGCGCCCGCCGACGCCGACGACGCCGCCCUCACUGCCUGCCUCGCCCUCUGGGGCCUGUGCAUGCUCGCCGGCGACGAGCCCAUGCCCGGCCACGCGCACUGGCGCGCCGACAUCGGCGCCCCCGCCGACGGCACCCGCCGCAAGGCCCUGCCGCGCGACGACUGGAUGCCCCAGCCGCAGCUGGCCGAGAAGAGGGAGGCCAAGCGCGCCCGCGGCUGGAUCCUGCCCGAGUGUCCCGUCAGCCGCAAGGAGGUCGGGAAGAGGGGCGUCAGGUACGGGGCGUGCUGAGAGAGCGUAGUUCAUUCUCAGUAGUUGUCGUCGCCUUCUUGUUUGUGUGGCGGACGUGGACAUGGCACCCGGUUCGGAGUCAGACUGGGCUGGGCACCAGUCGAGGAAAGGUGGCUUGUCCAUAAUCCCAUCCCUGUUGAGUUGGAGGGUCUGCGACUCAUCCACGUAUUGCCACUGGGUGGCUCAUUCUCCUUGUACAUAGAUAUUUCUGCGUGCUCUGCAUGGGGCUGGGCUUGUUGAUGACGUUACGACUGGCUCGGAUGACGAUCACGGCUUUGGCUGGUAUGCAUCACACAUGGGAAACGGGGUUUGGAGCUGGAGGCCAUAGUGAUAUACUUAAUGCAGUAGUACUCAAGCUUCGUGCAUCCAUAUUGCAACUCGCUGGAGUGUUUCGGGCAGUGUGCCGCGUGAGAGAACCGGGAGGGCUGAGGCCAUCGUAUGGGCGGGCGCGCGAUCCCUGCCGUAUCAAAAGACGUAGGAGGUUCAAAUCCAAGCCCCUCACAGGCUGUGCUCGAAUGAUUUGCUGUGUUUAGCCUUGCGAUGGCUGGCGGGUCGCGUUGGUGAUCCUCGC